AGGGCCUGAUUAUAUGGAGGCGAGCUGGCCCGGAUAGCGAGCUAGCCCCGAUGAUUUCAAGGGAUUGAAAAGAGCCAAAACUUCAAGGUUAAAAAUUACAAAUGUUUGCGAAGCACCACACGUCAUUCUGGUUGUAAUUCUCAAAUUAUGAUAAUGUUACCUGUUGACCUGGAGGAUGAUAUCGUGCCCAAAUAUCUGGAAGACGAGGACGAACAAGAUGGUCAGCAAUCGUCAAAAGGUUUGAAUGAAACGGAGGAGGAAAUGCCUCAAGAAACAGUUGAAGAAACAAAAGAACAAGACAGCAUCAGUUUACAUAGUACGCCUAGUUUACGAUUUGAACCUGUCGAAGAACACGAACCAGUUGUGCAGACGGAGAGGAUGCUGUUCAAUUCAUUGAUCAUUAAGUGUGUCGUUCAAUUGGAACUUAUCCAAAUGAUCGACAAUGUCGUCUUUUUCCCAAGCUCCAGCAAGCGAGAAGAUGAAGAUACUAUGGCUGAAUUACAGUGUCUCAACACUCCUCGACGAACCGCUAAACGAAAACACGACGGAAUGUUUCCACAUCUUACAUCUAACCAACUGUUUUUGUUUUGCGAAGUGCUGGAGAACUCGUAUAAGUUUGCUAAAGGCUUCAAUUUUAACAACAAGCUGAGGACGGCGCUUUGGAAAGCUGGUAAACGCUUCAUUAAUAUAUUGUAGCAUUUGACACGAGCGACACAUUUUUGUACAGUUUCUAUUUGAAUUGAAAAUUAAUACACGAGUAAAAACAUCACAUUGAAAACGUUCAAGCAAAAAGGCAAAUUUGUGGCUGUCCUUCCUAUUAGGGCACUCACUCCAAAAGCUGUACAUGUCCGUAUACCUAGACACCCACAUGCAGCGUGACCAAGUUUGUUUACCAGAUUUGGUCGUAUAAGCUUAAAUUGUCCUCCCCCCCUUUUCUGAAUGUUGCAUCUACAUAAAACA